GAGGUGCGGGCGGUUUAUAUAGAGGCACGCAGCGCGCGCUCGAGCAGAUAAGAGAGACUGAACGAGCGAGUUAGAGAGAGUUGGAGCUUCAUUUAGGGCCAGAGAGAAGAGCUCUAGUCCAGUGAGGAGGUCUGAGGGAGCUCCAGCAGUGAAGGUCAAAGCGCUGCGGACGGUCAGACAGUGAAAAGAAGCGAAGAAGCUCCAGCAGGGACACUUAAAAGCUCUGAAACUUGCGCACCCCUCGACCCGCUGCGCUACAAAGCUGGAGACCAACGCCAAUCACCAUGCCUCUGUAGCAGCAGCUCCACCUCCUACUCAGCAAGCCCGUGGCCACACAAGCCGCAGGAGAGGCGCGUUAGUAGUCGAGAGAAGCGAGGAGGAGCAGAAAGGAACUCCGAACAGAGGACCACCGGCCCAGCGAGGCGCCAUGCAGUGCCAAGCCGAGCUACGAGGCUCCAACCCCGGGCAGCUGGCCGCGGGGAGACGGCGCUACAAGACCUUCAUGAUCGACGAAAUCCUGUCCAAGGAGACGUGCGAUUACUUCGAGAGGCUCUCCCUGUACUCGGUGUGUCCUGCCCUGGUGGUGAGACCCAAAGCCCUUCACUCAUACUCCGGUCCUUCAUCACUCAGGGCAUACCCCCUGCUCUCUGUCAUCACCCGGCAGCCCCCCAGCGUGCUGCCCCACCUGUCCCAGCCAUCACCCCCCAGCCGGGGUGCCCAUCUGCCACUACACGCAGGGCCCGGCGAGCUGCCGCCCAGCGAGACACCAGUCAGCAUCAGCAGCGAGUCAGACACAGAGCACAGUGCCCCCCGGCUGAAGAAGCCUCGCCGCAGCCGCACUAUCUUCACCGAGCUGCAGCUCAUGGGUCUGGAGAAGAAGUUCCAGAAGCAGAAGUAUCUGUCCACCCCUGACAGGUUGGACCUGGCUCAGUCUCUGGGACUCACUCAGCUCCAGGUUAAGACCUGGUACCAGAACAGACGCAUGAAGUGGAAGAAAAUGGUGCUAAAAGGAGGACAUGAAGCCCCCACCAAGCCCAAAGGCAGACCCAAGAAAAACUCCAUCCCAACCACGGAGGAGAUCGAGGCCGAGGAGCGGCGGUUAGCUCAGCUGGCAGAGGAGGAACGACUGAGGUCCGAAGCUCAAGCCCGAGCCCAGGCUCAGCUCCAAGCCCAGGGGGAAGCCUUCCAGGCGCAGCCCCAAGACCUGAGCACAAGCAGCGUGACGAGCGAAUCCCUCCGCCCCCUGCCUCUGGAGGCCUCAGGUCGGGAAAAGGCGACCCAGUUAUCGUCAGAGACUAUGACAACAAGCUAAACAUGGUUAGCAUCCACAGUGCAAAGACUGAGAGCGUACCAAAAGCACUUAGUGCCUCUGAUCACCGUAGCUCCAAAGACCUGAACCGGGCAAGGCCUGCUUUGAGCUGAAUGGGCCGAGGUGCUGUGAGUCACUCUGCAACAUCGCUUCUGUGGUUCAGCUGCCAUUCUGAGACUUUCUGAGUUCAGUAUUUUAUGAUCAGCUGUGCUUCGGCCAAAUGCACUUCGACAAAAUUGCAUCACAGAGGCGGUUGCACAUUAUCCUAACACUAGUACUCCAUGUUCCAAAUGGACAAACAGUAAGCGCUUAUUUUUAUUUUUUAUUUUCCCGAGCGAUUUCCUCCCUUACAUCAUAAUUGCUGCCUGUUUUAUUGCCUGUGUUGAAUACGGUCUGUCUGCGUACUGCAGCGUCUUGUUCCCUGCCAAAGGUCGUAUAUCUGAAAUGCUGAAAUGCCCUCGGAGGUAAUAGUGCCUUUUUGUCUCAUGUUUAAAAGCUUUUCCCAUUAAAUGCCAAAAAAAGAGUCAAGUACUGAACACAGGUGUACACUUGUACAGUGUUUUAUUUUUCUACAUGAGGAAAUAUGGCUUUUUAAAGCAAGCUUGGCAAGGAUGGGCACAGACUUGUUAUUACUCUUACUAACUGCUAUUAAAAGUGCUAUUUUUAAACUUUCCAAAGAACAUUUUCUGUAUUGUCAAACUAAGAUGCUUGUUCUGUUUUCAUAAGAUUGAGUUGCUUUACUUACUUUUGUGUGCAUGACCACCUUCCCAGUCUUUAUAUAUGAAUAUUUGGAACUGUAUUUAUUACUUGUGCAGACUUGACAUCACUUCAUGCAGAAUAUAUGAAACUGAAGUGUUCAUAUUCCAUGAGGCUUAUGAAAGUGUUGAGCUCGAUCCUUUCCUUUCUUUGUUGUGUGGCUUGGCUGAUUUCGGUCUACAGUCAAAUCAGCACUAUUGAGACAAAAUCUUGUAUAACUAUUUUUGACAUGAUUUGAAAAAGCCGGUUUAUGUCUUGUCAAAAAUGUCGUGAUGAAUAGGCCAAUAGAAAUAGUCCACAAUCUCAAGUAACAUCAUGUUCUGUAAAGUCCCGUUUUUGGAGAUGUCAGGUUUUGUUCUGUCAGCAACGGUAUGUCGCAAUUCUAUUUACUUGUAAGAUACAAGGCAAAAAUGACAUCCCAUAGACUUCAAUGGUUCAUAGAACUGCAUUUAGGUUUAAGUUCAAUCUAGUUUUGCAUAAUUGCAAGCAUAAAAUGCAUCACUACCUGCAAGAUUCAGUGUGGAGCAGUCAAAUCUUCUAAGACCAUUACCUGUUCUUUAUGAGGUCUUGCGUCUAACAUAACAGCACAACUGUUGGAGAUUAUUGUGUAGCUACAAUAGUCAUGUAUUAGAGACUUUCAAAACAGCUUCUCUCUCUGAUAGAACUUUGCAUGAAGCUUACUGGAGGUCAUUUUUGCACUUUAGAAUGCAGUACUGUGCAAAGACCACCCUGAGUACAAGUUAUUCAUUUUGCAGCACCAGGAAAAGAAGCAGAAAACAAUUAUUUAACAGAAGUGUCAACAGAUAAAUAUAGAUUUUUUAGUAUUUUGUGUGUCCACGCUUUGCUUGUAGAACAGCUUUGGAUAUUCCAAAGUUUUUCCAAAGAAAUCUGCAGGGAUAUUUUUCCACACCUACAAAGUUCGGUCUUAGAAGUUGGUUACAUUUUCUUCUUCUCAUGAUCCAAGUUGUGCCAGAGGUCUGGGCACUGGAUUGGCCAGUCCGUUGUUCUGAGGACUCCAGCAGCUUCUUUUUAGUCUAUUUCCUUUCCUCCUAUCCUUUCAUGCCCAAAGUAUUGAGUUGUCUUCUCACAGUAGAAGGAUGGAUAGAAAUACCUGGGGAAUUUUCCAGAUCUGAAACAAUAAUAGAGCUUGAUUUUCUCUUCCCUCUCAGAGAUGAAAGCUCAAAACUAGGGGUCUACCAGGUCUUGUGUGGUUGUUGGGAGUCUCAUUUACUCUAUAAUUUUAAUACUGUUUAAAACUUCAUUUUGAAUAUUAAACAAAUGCAUGGUGGUCUCUGGCUUUUGCACAGUAAUGUAUGUCUUUUGAACUCUAUUUUUAAGCAUUGGGAUAUUUCUUUAACUGCUUAAAAAAGCCUUUAAACCUGUUGGAGACAUGAGGAGAUGUAUAAAUCACUGUGGAUGUCAGGCAAAAGUAAGAAACUGACAAACACUAAAAUCUAUGGGAGACGCUGGAGCCUGAGGCAGAGCAGCACACGCCUCCAACCCGCUGACUGACAGUCUACAAACCUAACGCCGUUGCAGCUCUUUCCAGUCUGCAUGCCACACAGUGUCCAUCUUUCUACUCAUUUCUGCCUUUGCCAAAAGCUGUUUGUAAAGCUGUUGUUUUUUUGUUUCCUUACAAUUUGUUUGAAAAAAAUGUACAUAAAUAUACAUAUAUGGAAACUGAUUGAUAUAAAAUAUUGAUUGAUACAAAGCCUGCUGCACAUACUAAGUAUUUCUGGGAGAGCGACGGAUGUAUUUUUAUUAUUUUUUCGUUUUGGAAAAGUGGACUAUGUUUGCUAAAUCUUUUCCCUUCUAACCAAAGUUUUUGUCAUUUCCACCUUGAGUGUGUGUUUUUGCAUAUUUAAUGCAUUUAAUAAAGAAGACAUUCAACUA